CAAAUAUAACCAAAUAUGGACUGCUGAUGGGCGAGGUUUCAUUCAUUAAUUCUUGGUAAAAUAAUUCUGUAACAGUGUUCAAGAAUUUGUUGAAUUUACUAAUUUUUAUGGAGGUUAUCUUCCUAUCACAGUUGGAGCCAUUUUAGUGUGACAAAUGCCAGGUGUGACCAGUAACAUGAACGUGGGCAACAUGUUCUGUUCCCGCUGCGGGGAUGGAUUUGAGCCCCAUGAGAAGAUUGUCAAUUCCAACGGUGAACUGUGGCACACUCAGUGUUUUGUUUGUGCCCAGUGCUUCCGUCCAUUCCCAGAUGGGACGUUCUAUGAGUUUGAAGGGAGGAAGUAUUGUGAGCACGACUUCCACGUACUCUUUGCUCCAUGCUGUGCCAAAUGUGGAGAGUUUGUGAUCGGCCGGGUGAUUAAGGCCAUGAACGCCAACUGGCAUCCGCGUUGUUUCCGCUGUGAGGAGUGCAGCAAGGAGUUGGCAGACCUGGGCUUCAUCAGACACCAAGGUCAGGCUCUAUGUCAUGACUGUCGUGCUAGGGCUAGGGCUACUGGCUACGGCCGCUACACCUGCCACAAGUGUCAUGGUAUGAUUGAUGACAAGCCUCUCCGUUUCCGUGGUGAGGUCUACCACCCUUACCACUUCAACUGUGCAGCGUGUGGGGUGGAGCUCAACUCUGACGCCAGAGAGGUCAAGAGUCGUCCUGGCUUCACUGCUAAUGAUAUGAAUGAGCUGUAUUGUCUGCGCUGCCAUGACAAGAUGGGUAUCCCUAUCUGUGGUGCUUGUCGUCGGCCGAUAGAAGAGCGAGUUGUCACUGCUCUUGGCAAACACUGGCAUGUUGAGCACUUUGUGUGUGCCAAAUGUGAGAAGCCAUUCUUGGGACAUCGUCACUAUGAGAAGAAAGGGUUGGCAUACUGUGAGACCCACUACCAUCAGCUGUUUGGUAACUUGUGUUUUGUGUGCAAUCAAGUCAUUCAGGGAGAUGUAUUCACAGCCCUCAACAAGGCGUGGUGUGUUCACCACUUCGCCUGCUCUGUUUGCGAUCAAAAGAUGAAUCAGAAGACCAAGUUUUACGAAAUCGAUUUGAAGCCAGUCUGUAAGAAGUGUUACGACAAGUUCCCCGGGGAGUUCCGUCGUCGUCUGCGUAAAGCUCAUGAGGCCACACCGAAGAAAACAACUCCAUAACAUCAACAUCAGCCGGCCUGUUUAUUCUGCAGGCACUGCAAGGAUUGUUAACCUCGUAUACCAAGGAAAACAAAAUAACUUUGUUCCACAGGAACCUUUCAACAUUCACAACAGAAGUAAGAUAUCCUUCAUAUUUGUUGGGUAUGUAAAUGAUUUUUGAAGUCUAUUGUCCUUUUUAUUGAAAGGGUAAUGUGGAACAAAGUAUGUUUAAUAAAAAAUGAACUAACAGUAUUUAAACAUUAGAGUUAGUUGUAACAAGUGAAGUGUGUUCAGCUUUUAUCGCUAUAUAAUGAAGUUGCCUUGCAUAUUUAUUUAGUUGAUGGGAUUGUGGUUACAGAAUUUUGAUUGUUGUAAUUUAAGUUGUCAUUAAGAACUUGGGUUAAUUCACUUGAAGUAAAUAUCAUUGAUAACCUUAAAGACGAAAGUGGUUCUGAAAAGCAGUUUCACUGAGAAACGCUUGAUAAAUAAAGGAAUUUUUAGUUAUUUAUUUGAUUUAUUUAACAGUGGCUGAUAUUUUAUUUAUGACUAUCUAAGACCAUCGCAAAGGAUAUGACCUCUCUUUGAUGUUAUUUUGACAACUUGACCUGCUCGCACAAUGUGUUUUACAUCAUCUGGAGUGGUGAGGGAGGGGGGAUUAAAUUGAAAUAUGUUAUACUUUUCCCCUACAAUACUUGGGAUAUACUAAGUAGCAAAUAUUGAUUAUCAGGAUCUAGUAGGUUAUCCUCAAUGAUCCUCCCAACACAAUUGUUCCGCUUGGAUAGGUAUUUCAGACUGUUUUCAUUUAUACACGAUUUAUUAACACAUGGUGCCUGUUGUAUUAUUGUUAGCUAUAUUGCUAGAAAACACUGUUUUAUUUAUUGUUAUGAAAGUUAAAGAAACAUUCUUGACACCAGUACUUAAACUAAACUUCAACUAAUAGCCAUUCUCAAAUUGUAAUACUAGGCCUAAUGUUAUUAUAUGGAUAUAUUGUAUUUAGAUUAAAAUGUCUAUUGAACAUAAGCUCCACAUUUAAUUGUUCCUUAUUGAAGAAAGAUAAAUCAAAUGUGUUAUUUACUGUAGAACUUUUAUUGUUAUAAAUGAUAGAUUGAUAGUCUGGUUAACACUGCCUUCCUAGAAAUGUGUCUUAGUCACUUAGUCAGUGUCAAAUAAAUUAAAUAAAAAAAAACCUUAUUGAAUACAGUUAUUGCUAUAGUAGUAAUAUUAUAUACAGUUAUUAGUCUAAGAGGUUUAACCGGUUUUAAGAAUAUAGAGUAUUUAUCUAGCUGUUUCCCUAUUCUUUACCAUUAUAGCCUACCAUGUUUAAUGUAUGAUAUUUUAUAAUGAAUGGCCUAGUUUUUAUGAAGUUGUUAUUUUUGUUCUCUGAAUAUAUUUAUCAAAAACUAAUACGUUAUAUUUUGCAUACAAGUCUAAAUGUAGACUAAAACACUACUGGAAACUUCCAAAAGUGUUCUUAGCCUACACAUUACAUCAAUCAUGAGUCUUGGUACAGAUAUUCAAACCUUUGACUUACUAGUAUUUAAAAAUCCUCUAUCAGUGGCAAGACACUGUUGUCUUGCUACUGAUAGAGAAUUUAUAAAUACUAGUUAGUCAAAGGUUUGAAUAUUGUAGCAUAAUUUGGUCACCCUAUUUUGAGCCCAAAUUUGAUUUGGUAAUUACUGACAUAUUUUUUAAGUUGACAAUUUUUUUACUUUUGAUCUUUACAUAGUUAAACAAAAUUGAGGUUAAAAAAUAUUACUUUAUACUUUAUAUAUUUACUAACCUAGAAAAUGUGUUAUAAUAUUUAUUGUGAAUUUACUGUAAGCUACAACUUGAUGAAUUUGGAAAAUAUAUGAUAAUUUUUACAGGGAUAUUUAUUAUACAAUUUGUUAUUUGGAACAAGAGGUUAUAGUUAAUUAGUUAACAUGUGCUGUACGGUAACAAAUACUCUUUAAUGCAAUGGUACAUAAGAGUGUUAUUGAAAGCCCAAAGUAGCUAAGUGUGUUGUGCACAAACUGUUAUAACUAAUAAUUUAUUGUCUUUUAAUUAUUAUACUAAAAUAAGCAUAAAUAAAAUACUGACCAUGUA